AUGUACGUCAUCGAGUAUGAAAUGUUCAAGAUGAAGCCUAACGAGUUUGUCAUUGAUAUGACAAAUAGACUUCUCACCAUCAUCAAUAAUAUGAGAAAUCUUGGAAAGUACUAUGAGCUAGUUGACAUCAAUAACAAAAUCCUUAAGAGCCUUCCUUUGGAUAAGUAUGAUGCUAGAGUGGCUAGCAUUGAAGAAGUAAAUGAUGACUUAGGAAAAGUUCCUAUGGAUGUGCUUAUAGGUAAGCUUCUAACUCAUGAGAUGUCUCUUAUGAGGGAUGAAGUAGAUAGAGAUUGUGGGAAGAAGAAAACCUUAGCUCUCAAAACUAGCACUAGAGCUCAAGAUGCAAUUAACAUUCCAAGUGACGAUGAAGAACAAAGGGAAGCUCUAAAUGAGAGUGAUAAUAUGGCACUCGUAACCAAGCAUUUUAAAAGGAAACUUGAAGCAAAGAGAAGAAGAAGCAACAAGCCCUUCAUAAGCAAAAAGACCUUCUCCAAAUCAAGAACAAGUAAGGACAAGAAGGAAGAAGUCACUUGCUAUAAGUGUGGGAAGCAAGAGCAUAUCAAACCGGAUUGUCCAAAGUACUUGAAGAGGAAGAAAGGAGACAGAAAAAAUAAAAAGUCUUUAGAGGCUACUUGGAGUGAUGCAUCUUCAUCCUCCAACAUUGAAAGUGAAAGAGAAGAUGAGGUGUGUCUUAAAUCCACAGGCACAAAUCUUUGGUAUGUUGAUAGUGGAUGUUCAAAGCACAUGACAAGUGACAGUAGUCUUUCCGUAGAUGUCAAGGACUACUUGCUCAAAAACAGUUAA